CUUCACAGGUGUGUAUCUAUACACACACACACACACGUGGCGUCGGCAGCAGGGACAGGAGAUAUAUACGAUGGACGGUUCGUCCGGUGAUGCUGACGACGACCACCAUCACCUGCUGCUCCCUGACGUGCAUUCUGCUGCUGCUGCUGGACCCACCAGCAGUAACACCUUCUUCUCCGCAUUGCCGACCUUCAGCACCAUCAGCAGCUGGAACGAUUCAGCGUCUGCUGCAAGUCUCAACAACAACAACAACAACAACUCGUCCUUGUUAUUCACGGCAUUGGCCAGCAACGGGUCCUUCUUGUCAUCCCCGUCCUCUUCCUUAUUGCCGAGUGGUGCUGGUUUCGAUGCUGGUGUUGGUGGUGAUGAGCAGCACCUGCUGUUUGCCGGUGCAGCAGUAGGGGGAAUAACCGGCGGCGGCAGUAUCCUGGACGGUCGUGUCGUCGGUGGUGGUGUUGGUGACGACAGUGCCGACGACAUGGGUAUGGGCAUGGGCAUGGGCAUGGGCAUGGGUGGUGGUGUUGGUGGUGGUGAUGUUGGUGGUGGUGGUGGUGGUGGUGGCGAUGGUGAUGGUGGAGCCGAGGGCCUCAUGUGGCUCAAGUCCGCCGUGAUGGGCCUCAUCAUCGUGGCGGCCAUUUCCGGCAACGUGCUCGUGAUGGUGAGCGUGGUUCGGUUCCGGAAGCUGCGCAUCCUCACCAACUACUUCCUGGUGUCCCUGGCCUUCGCCGACACCCUCGUCGCGUCCGUGCCCAUGGUGUUCAACGCCAGCGUGACGAUCGCCGGCAAGUGGGUCUUUGCCCCCUGGGUCUGCGACUUUUGGAACUCCACCGACGUCUUCUUCUGCACCGUGUCCAUCCUGCACCUCUGCUCCAUCUCGGUGGACCGCUACUACGCCAUCGUGCGCCCACUGCGCUACCCCAUGACGGUGACCAAGAAGCGGUUGUACGGCGUCGUGUCGUCCAGCAUCUCCUUCUGGAUCCCGUCCGUCAUCAUGCUCAUGACCUACGGCAAGGUGUAUCGCGAGGCCAAGCGACAGGAGGAGGCCAUGCUCAAGACGAGGCGCGUGUCGGCCAUGUUCCUGGAGAACGUGGGAGCCCACCAGCACCUGGAGUUGGAGGAGCUGCACCAAACAACAACAGCAGCAGCAUCCUCGUCAUCCUCGAAGAGAGGCAAUAAGCAGCAGCAAUCAUCAUCAUCAUCAUCAUCAUCAUCGCCGCAUCAUCAGCAGAAUAAGCAGAAUAAUCAUCAUCGGCACCUGCUGAUGGCGUCCGACGCUGCUGCUGCCGGUAAUAAUACCUCGUCGUCUUCGCCCACCAACACCGCCGCCAGCAGUGGGUUGAGCGAGCGCCAGCAUCAGCAGCAGGGCACGCUGCACAAGAUGAAGCACGAGCACAAGGCUGCUCGCACCCUGGGAAUCAUCAUGGGCGCCUUCCUCGCCUGCUGGUUCCCCUUCUUCGCCUGGUACCUCCUGACGGCCCUCAUCGUGCCGCUCCGAGACCACACGCCGCCCAUGCUGGAGGAGACCGUGUUCUGGAUCGGCUACUUCAACUCCACGCUCAACCCGCUCAUCUACGCCUACUUCAACAAGGACUUCCGCGAGGCAUUCAAGGACACGCUGCUGCAGAUCCUGUGUUGCGGUCGGUACGAGGCGGACAAGCAGAAGCAGAUGCCGGACUGGACACACGUCAACAUCACCGUCAACGGGGUGCCGACGUCAGUCUGAUAUGACGACACCAUAUACACGCGACAACGACGACAUUUAUACAGCAUAUACAAUAAUAACGACGCACGCCCAUCAUCUGCAGCACCAUAGCACAUGAGCAUCAGCAGCAGCAGCAGUCUUCAACGCACUGUAUACUGCUGUAUUGUGCUGCUGAUGCAGGAUGUUACAGCAGUCUUCUUACAUAUCUUCGUCUUCUUAUUAUAUUCUUCGUCAGCUUUCACAUCAUGCUGCGAUCGACACAUGCUGAUUCCUGUCGUCUUCGUCUUUCUUGUGCUGCUGCUACAUAAUAUACAGCCUGUCAUCGUCGAUAGAUCCUCUUUAUAAUAUUAGCGGCUGCGUGAUGCUGUGCAUUAUUAGUACAGUAUACAGUACAUUCAUCGUCCUCUUCCAUUUACAUGCAUAUGAAAGGCAUCGAUGAUGGAGCAGCGAGCGACAUCUCUCAUUUCCAUGGACCUCGCUAACAAACGUCUCAACUGUGGUAUCAUUGUCAGAUGUCGUGUGUUCACUCAUCAGCAGUAGUUUUGCUCAUGCAUCAUCUGAUGUAUACAUCAGUGCUGAUGCCGUCAGCAUCGAUCGUCGUAAUAUGCUGAAUAUACCUCUGUUCUUGCUGUUAUGCCCGAAACGUACAGCUGAAAAAGGAAAACUGUGGUUACCAUGAGCAGCGAGCGGCAUGUGCUAUACAGUACUGGAACAAUCGGAACUUCAUACUGCUGUAUAUAUAGAGUGGUACGUGAAUCAAAAUGCCGAAUACGUGUGUGUAUAAAUAUAAUAGGACGAUGCAAUAUUGAUGAUGAUGAUGACCCGAAGAUGAUGGAGUCAUCAUGCAUGUGAUAUACAGUACUGUAUAAGACCCAUUUUUCAUCACAUCAGCACACACGCGUACACACCAUUUCCAAUUGAAGCGACUGCGAUUCAAAAGAUCCUGCAAUCAAAACCAGAGACUCCAUUUUUUUUUAUUGAGGAAUACUGUAUAUGCUGUAUGAUUCGACGCUCGACGUUAAUUGUCAGCAGUUGAUAAAUCAAAAUGUAUGCAUCGAACAAAACUUCUUCCUCGUGUAUAAACUGAUGUAUAUAUGCGGCUGCUGAUGUUGCUGCUGCUGUUAUUGUUGUUAUGUUGUCCAUGAAAUACUGUAAUGCACUGCUUAAUAUAUACAGUAGCUAUAUAUGCAGUAUUACAUGGUCUGUAUACUGCUGUAAAUAUAUAGCUACCGUUUAGUUUUUUUUUUUUCUUCUCAUUUGUAACAUGACCAUGUUUAUCAUAUGACGAGCAAAGAUCACGUAUACAUGCUGCAUACCGCCGAAUCAAAAUGGUGGCCUUCCCAGCAUGCAUCAGCAGCACGCAUCAGCAGGAACAAUAAUAAGAAACAAAAGUUACUCGAUUGGAAAUGUGAGAGAGAUAGAUGAUACAAAUCUUGUUUAGAAGAGGGCUAAUGUAUAAUUUUGUUUUUGCGGUAUACAUGCAUUUAUUUUUAUUUUUCUCGCGCCUGCGUGUAUAUAUGUAUUUGCUGAAGAUGAUGUCUGGUGAUGAUGAGUGCUCUGCUGUAUAUAUACUGUAUUGUAUACAUGCUGCGUUAGUGAUGUAUAUAUGAGCUACGAUGAAUAUGAUUGUGUUCUGAUGAUGGAUAUCAGCAUGAUGUGUUAUUCCCGAUGAUAUCAUCGUCCAGCAACCAGCAGCAAAUGCUGCAGAUGAUGAUGAUGAUGAUGAGGUAUAUUUGAACGAACAUAAUAUAUAAAUGUAUCCCGGUUUUACAUGUGAUCCUCUUUAUAUGCGUUGAUUGCGCGCGGGUACUAUAUAAUACCAUCACCUUUGCUCAGGAACGCGUCAUUGAUGCGAGGAACAGAAUGAUGCGGAUGAACCUCAAUUACUGUACCAUUUAUUUUACUUUUCAUUUGAAAAGGCCGGGAAAGAGACGAAAGGCAUCGACAUCAUCAUGCAUGAUGAUGACGAUGAUGAUGUGAAAAAAGGAUUCGAUCAAUGCGUCGAAAUAUACGUCGAGUUCGGGAUUGCUGAUGCAUCAGACGAAUCUUCUGCCGGUGCUGUUGUCGUUUUUUGUUGGUUUUUCAUGCGCGGGAAUGAUCCAAGCAGCAGCAGUGACUUGCUGAUGAUUAUAUUUGAGUGUGAAGGAGACGAUUGUUUUCCAUGUGGAUUGUGCAGGAUUACAUAGGUCUUCAGCACGCAAGCAGCAGCGGCAUUGUGAGAAAUAUUGUAGUGAUACACUUUCGAGCCCUUAUAAUUGUGUUUGUCAUCGAUGAGGGCCAGGGGCGGGGGCCACAAGUGUCAUUGUACCAAGCAGCUGCUGCUGGCAGCAUCUUUCAUACGAUCGCAGCCGUGCGUGGCGCUGGUAUACGCGGGAGGAACCACGAAAUAUACCAACAUUCUUGCCAGGCA